AUGGUAGAUGUGGAGUAUGGACCGCAACCUGCUCCGCACAGUCGGGAGCCCGGACGCACCGGUCACGAGCUGGAAGUGCUCAAUGUUCACAUGGCCGGCCGUGCUCAGCGCCGUGUAGCUCGGCACGCCGCAGCGGCCCGAUUGGACCAGGUCCCAGCAACGGUGAUCUCGGAGGCCGUCUCUGUGGAGGAACCGUUCCAGGCUGUGGUCUCCAGUGACGAGGACGAGGAGGUGAUCGUGGCAUCUGCAGACGUCCAUCUGCAACGCGGACUACGUGAACGUUCCAGAAGCCGACUCCGCGUCCCGGCGAUCACCGGCCAAAGCGCUGUGGUGGAGCUGGAUCCGCCUGCAGCCAGCGUCAGAAGUGACUUGCCCAGCUUCUACGUCCACAUCUUUGAGUACGGCGACAUCGCACGAUGCUGCAGUGCUUGCAGGGAGUUUUUCCUCCCGGGACAACUGCGUCUAGGGUUUCUACCAGGGACAGCACCAGAAAAUGAUGUUGAUGCAUCGGUUUGGCUGCAUGCGCCCCGCUGCAUUCGACGAUCGAAUUUUGCAGUGACCUUGACAGAGACGCUGGCUUUCGCAGUGAGCCUUCCCGAUGCCAUUCGUGCCAGGGUAAUGGAGGAGCUGGGUGCUUCGAACGCGCGGCAGAGCCAGGCCCGCUGGCCAGGCUCUGCACAGAACAGCAGUGCUCUGGCCACAAGGACACGGCCAUGGCGCUUGCAGCACUUGCAGCUGCAAAGUCUUCCUGACGCCCCGGCACGGGAGCCAGUGGAGCCCUGGGCUUUGGUGCGGGUGCCGCUCCCUGUGGCGCGCUCCGAGCCCGCGUCGAGGCCUGGCCUCGCAGCCCGCGCCGCGCGCGCCGCGCUCACCGCAGGACUGGAGGCUCGCUGGGCCGCGAUCGACGCACAGCUGACCCGAGCCGAAAGGGCCGAGAGCAUCGAGGCCGACAUGGAGCCGGCAAGGGAUACCUUCGUGCAGAGACAGGUGGCCAGAGAUGAUGAAGAAAUGAACGAGUUGCUUACGCUGGUUCCUUGUCAAAAGCUGGAGGCUCCUUGCGAGGAGCCGUGUGCGGUGUGUUACGAAAAUAUGACUUCCGGCGAUCACGUGCGACGGUUGCCUUGUUUGCACUACUUCCACAUGGCCUGCAUUGACAAGUGGCUUCGCGUCAAGGCCACUUGUCCACUCGAUAAUCUGAAUGUGCGAGACCUAAUCCACAAGCAGGCCCAAUAA